AUGCCGGUGCAGCUGACGACAGCCCUGCGUGUGGUGGGCACCAGCCUGUUUGCCCUGGCGGUGCUGGGUGGCAUCCUGGCGGCUUACGUGACAGGCUACCAGUUCAUUCACACAGAGAAGCACUACCUGUCCUUCGGCCUGUACGGUGCCAUCCUGGGCCUGCACCUGCUCAUCCAGAGCCUGUUUGCCUUCCUGGAGCACCGGCGCAUGCGGCGGGCGGGCCGGCCGCUGAAACUCGCCUCCCCAUCGCGCCGCUCGGUGGCACUGUGCAUCGCGGCAUACCAGGAGGACCCCGACUACUUGCGCAAGUGCCUGCGCUCCGCCCAGCGCAUCGCCUUCCCUGACCUCAAGGUGGUCAUGGUGGUGGAUGGCAAUCGCCAGGAGGACGCCUACAUGCUGGACAUCUUCCACGAGGUGCUAGGCGGCACUGAGCAAGCUGGCUUCUUUGUGUGGCGCAGCAACUUCCAUGAGGCAGGUGAAGGGGAGACCGAGGCCAGCCUGCAGGAGGGCAUGGUCCGUGUGCGGGAUGUGGUGAGAACCAGCACCUUCUCCUGCAUCAUGCAGAAGUGGGGAGGCAAGCGAGAGGUCAUGUACACGGCUUUCAAGGCUCUUGGUGAUUCAGUGGACUACAUCCAGGUGUGCGACUCUGACACCGUGCUGGAUCCAGCCUGCACCAUCGAGAUGCUUCGAGUCCUGGAGGAGGACCCCCAAGUAGGGGGAGUUGGAGGAGAUGUACAAAUCCUCAACAAGUAUGACUCGUGGAUCUCCUUCCUGAGCAGUGUGCGGUACUGGAUGGCCUUCAACGUGGAGCGGGCCUGCCAGUCCUACUUCGGCUGCGUGCAGUGUAUUAGUGGGCCUUUGGGCAUGUACCGCAACAGCCUCCUCCAGCAAUUCCUGGAGGACUGGUACCAUCAGAAGUUCCUGGGCAGCAAGUGCAGCUUCGGAGAUGACCGCCACCUCACCAACCGAGUCCUGAGCCUCGGCUACCGGACUAAGUAUACAGCACGCUCCAAGUGCCUCACAGAGACUCCCACCAAGUACCUCCGGUGGCUCAACCAGCAGACCCGCUGGAGCAAGUCUUACUUCCGAGAGUGGCUCUACAACUCUCUGUGGUUCCAUAAGCACCACCUCUGGAUGACCUACGAAUCAGUGGUCACAGGUUUCUUCCCCUUCUUCCUCAUUGCCACAGUCAUACAGCUUUUCUACAGAGGCCGCAUCUGGAAUAUUCUCCUCUUCCUGCUGACGGUGCAGCUGGUGGGCAUUAUCAAGGCUACCUAUGCCUGCUUCCUUCGGGGCAAUGCAGAAAUGAUCUUCAUGUCCCUCUAUUCCCUUCUGUAUAUGUCCAGCCUCCUGCCAGCCAAGAUCUUUGCCAUUGCUACCAUCAACAAGUCUGGCUGGGGCACCUCUGGCCGAAAAACCAUCGUGGUGAACUUCAUUGGCCUCAUCCCUGUGUCCAUCUGGGUGGCAGUCCUUCUAGGGGGACUGGCCUACACAGCGUAUUGCCAGGAUCUGUUCAGCGAGACAGAGCUAGCCUUCCUGGUCUCUGGGGCCAUCCUGUAUGGCUGCUACUGGGUAGCCCUCCUCAUGUUGUAUCUGGCCAUCAUCGCCCGGCGAUGUGGGAAGAAGCCAGAGCAGUACAGCCUAGCUUAUGCUGAGGUGUGA